AUGAAAAAUGCCCUGUGCCUGUUCUACCUGUGGAACCUGCCCCUGGACGGAGGCGACCGGAGGCAGACGCUAUACCGCGCGAAGGUAAGGAGGGCCGGCAGGGGGCAGGAAAACAAAGUCCAUCACGCGGGGGAGAACUACGGCUACCUAGACGAAGGGAGGAAUUCGGAAUACGAGGAGAUCCUCAACGAGAUCAUUUGUGAGUACGAGGAGGAGGAGAGGAAAAAAAAGGCAAACGCAGCAGAUGGAAGGGUGAGCGGUCAGGCGGGCGGUCAGGCAGGCGGUCAAGUAGGCAGCCAAUUAGGCAGUCAAUUAGGGCUAGGGGAGAGACAGCCAGGUGACCAUGACCUCGAAAGCAACCAUGAGCUAAUCCCUAGUACACACCAGAAAGGAGAAGACACUUGUAGGAGCCCCCCCGAAUCGACCCCCCAGGAGGAAAUUAAACGAAUAGAGAAAUUGAAAAAAAAUAAUUUCCUAAAUCUGUGCAACAUAAAUUAUGACGUGCUGAACCUGCUGCUGAAGGAGGACCUAAAAGGGGAGGAGCAAAACGGAGACGAGCACUACAACCGAGUUAGCUUGUUCCUGGAGAGGGAGGGGGGGAGGAGCGGGGACGAGGCGGGCGAUGGCUACGUUGACGAUGGCCGCCCGGACGACCGCUACGCUGGCGAAGGUCACGUUGACGAUGGCCACACGGACGACCGCUACGUUGACGACGACCGCUACGUUGACGACGACCUCUACAUCGACGACAGCCUUGGCAGGUACCUAAUCAGGCUGGACGCGAAUUUCGUCAACUCCAUUUCAGCCAAGGAAUUUCACGUCCUGCGCAACAGCAUGUACAAGCAUAUUAUACACUUAAAAUAUCGGUACCUGCGAAACUACAAAGAGGCAAUUCAAGCCCUAAAGCAGAAAAAGGAGACGCGCGCGGAGCACAUUAACAAGCACGUGUCGGUGGUCUACGAGGAGGGGGAGGAUGACCGGGCUAGCUCUCAGGAUGGCGAUAGUAGAAGUGACGACCACGGCGAUAACGGGAGUGACCAUCCGAUCGACGAAUCAACCCGUAAAAGCGCGCAGAUAAACGCUCCCAUUCAGGCGAAUAACCCACGUAAGGACAACACCGCUAGGGUUAGCUUCCUGCAGCCGAGCAGUGAAGACCCGGAAAGCCUCGAACAGAUAGACACGGAACUGUCCGUAGAGAACAUCAAAGAAAUCAUUGACGUUAAUCAAAGACUCUCAAAACUGCAGACAAAUUUUAAGGACUUAAAAAAUUUUAACGUUUUUAACCUCCUCGAUAGGAACAGCUUCCUCAACAGCUUACGAGUUAACAACUUCAGCUUUUACAACUACGACUGUCCCUUGCUGUUUAAGGCGAUGAGGGCGUUCGUGCGGCGAAUUCGGCAGGGGCGCGUCACUAGGCCUUCCCCCGACGAAGGGACCAAUGUGUGCCUCCAAGAGCGGUGCGACGGCCCGGGGGUGGCUAACCGCGAACACGAGCAAACCUUCGCCGAAGAGCGCUGCGCCUAUGUGUCAGUCCCCAAACUGAGUGACCGCGGCUUCCUCAAGUACCAAGACAAAUCCAUCGUCAUUAACCUGUCCGCCAAGGGGGACCAGGAAAGGGACCACCUCCCCCCCGUCAAGGAGCUAAACAUCGACACAGACAAAGGCAUCCUCAUCCUGAGCGCCAACGACAAGCAGCUGAACGUUCAUGUGAGAAAUAUUUGCGAUAAAAUUUCCUACCUAACACAGAGCCUUUCCAUAUGGCCGCAACUGAACUAUGGCAGUGAAGAAGCUUUCCCCAAAAGCGUCCAAAUUGUAAAAAGGAUGCUCAUGCUCAUGCUGUUCUAUUUCGACAUAAAGAACCUCUUCGUGAUCUGCCUUGAUGACGCAAGCGCAAAGUUCUUUUACCAAUUUCUAAACAGAGAGGAGGACAAUUUAUUUAAAAAUCUUCACACAGGGAAAAAGAGUGAGCAGGAAGAAUACCUAUAUGUCAACUUAAGUGAUGUAAAAUUUUCGCACAUUUUUAACAGGAAAUUUGUACCCCUAUACGAUAUGAAAAAAAUUUUUAAAAAUUAUGUCUUUCUCAUGAAAAAGGAAGAAAAGUUUUACGACAUUUCCUCUUUUAAAAGGUCCUGUCUCUUCAUGUUCUUGGAUGAACAUACAGAUAAACGCAACCACGUAAUUUCUUCAAAUGCGCAGCAUUUUUUUUACUACAAAAAGUUUGACUACCCAUUUAUUUACAGUGUAGAUAGUAAGUAUUCCCUAAACACGUUGCGCAGUUUUAACGAAAUUUUGUUGUACCUUACCAGCUGGAUAGACAUUUUCCACACGGGGGAAAGUGAAGCCAGUGGGGUUGGGGAGGAUGAUCAAGGUGCGCAGGGCGACGGAGAGGAUGGGGCACCAAGUCCCGAUGUGGAAGAGUCGGAUAAGGAUGCAGAAAAGGAGCAGGAGGAGGAGGAAUUUAUUCAAAAUAUGCAAAAUCAACAACAGGAGGAUGAAGAAAAUGAAGACGAGGAUGCUUACCAGAAGGAUGAAAGAGAGUGCGAUGGGGCGUACGGCUCAGAUGGGUAUGACGACGAAGGGCGCGAUCAAAGUGUGGGAGAGUAG